UUCCCAGCCUCGCCUCGGGUGGAGGGAUUGCACCGAGGGAAAGCAAAACUACACUGUGACCGUGUAGUUUUGUUUUUAUCAGGGGGGGGUCUGGAGGCUCAACCGUUCUCACCUGGGAUUUUUGUGGAAACAUUGUGGAUAAGGAGACAGUUUCCUGUCUGAGUCACCUGGGCUCCGUCCCAUCAGUCUGAGGCACUCUUGGAGAGACAAGGUGCCGACCAACAUGACAACACAGGCGCCGACGUUCACGCAGCCGCUACAGAGCGUCGUGGCACUUGAGGGUAGUGCCGCGACGUUCGAGGCUCAAGUUAGUGGUACUCCAGUUCCUGAGGUGAGCUGGUUCCGUGAUGGCCAGGUUCUUUCCGCCGCCGCUUUGCCCGGCGUUCAGAUCUCGUUCAGCGAUGGCCGCGCUGUUCUGAGGAUCCCCGCCGUGACCGCCGCACACAGUGGAAGAUUUUCUGUCAGAGCCACCAACGGCGCUGGACAAGCCACAAGCACCGCCGAACUACUCGUUACAGCUGAGACGGCGCCUCCCAGCUUCCUUCAGAGACUGCAGAGCUCCGCAGUGAGACAGGGCAGCCAGGUGAGGCUGGACGUCAGAGUCUCAGGUAUCCCAACACCUGUGGUGAAGUUCUACAGAGAGGGAGCCGAGAUCCAGAGCUCGGCCGACUUCAGGAUCCUCCAGGAGGGAGACCUGUACAGUCUGCUGAUCGCUGAGGCCUUCCCAGAGGAUUCUGGGACAUAUUCUGUGACCGCCACCAACAGCAGCGGACGAGCCACCUCCACUGCUGAACUGCUGGUUCAGGGUGAGAUAUGUGAAGAAGCCGUUCCAGCAAAGAAAACUAAAACAGUGAUUUCGACGUCUCAGAUUUCACAGACACGUCAGACCAGAGUUGAAAAGAGGAUGGAGGCCAGUUUCCAGGCCACUGCCAUGAUGGAGAUGCAGGUGGAGGGCGCCGAGCUGACACAGCUGGCUCACAAGACUCCGCCCAGAGUUCCUCCUAAACCCACGUCCAAGUCCCCGACUCAGCCCUCGCUGGUCGCCAAGGUGACCGCAGGACGCCAACAGUCACCAUCACCUGUCAGACACGUGAAGGCGCCCACGCCCACGCCUGUCAGGCCUGCCUCUCCUACUUCAAGACUCUCAGUCUCCCCCAUCAGGCCGGUCAAGUCCCCCAUCACCGCACGCAAGCAAGUGGCCGUCGGCGCUGAUGUCCUGCCGCCCUGGAAGCAGGGAGACUACGUGUCAGAGGCCAGCUACACCAGUAUGACCAGUAUGACCAGUAUCACCCAGCGGGGCCAGGAGCAGCGCUGGGAGCAGGUCACCGGAGUCAGAGAGGCUGAGGGAGGGAAAAGAGCCGGGGCAGUGGCCACGGUGAUGGCUGCCGUUGACCUCGCUCGUGUCCGUCAGCCUGUGCAUGUCAAGGGCGAUCCAGCUGAAGAGGAGGAGGCUGAGGCUGUAGAGGCAGAGUUAAGGCAGGAGGCCGCCGCUGCCGCCGCUGCCUUGGCUGCCGAUCAACAGUAUCAAGCCAGCCGGACAACAACAAGAGUACAGGCUGGUCAAAUGCUUACUACUGCUCAAGAGUUUACACCUGAACCAACCCUGCCACCGCUUCAGAUUCAGAAAACAACAGAAAUCAUCUCCCAUAUGGAAACUGGUCCCGCUCCGUCCCCAGUUCCACAUUUCACAGUUUCUAAAGUUUCUGUCCCAAAACAUGAACCUAGCUCUGAGGUUUCCAUCGCCGGCUCUGCUAUCGCCACUCUGCAGAGGGAGUUAUCUUCUUCCUCUGCCACAGCUAGAAAGAUCAUCAAGCCAGUCAAGUCUCCCAGUCCGUCUCGUACAGUGGUGGAGACCAGAAAGACACUGGAGCCAAUCCCUCCACCAUUCAAGGACUUCGCUGAGAAAUAUCAGAGUCACUUAGGCACUGAGUUACAGACUGGGAAGGUGUUCUCGGGGGGCUUGGAGAGAGUAUAUGAGGAGUGGGGAGUCCAGGUGAUGGAGGCAGCAGCUGUACCUGCUGCAGGUGGCGCCGUAGUCCCACCCACACUGGUUUCAGGCUUGAAGAACACAAAUGUGACAGAGGGCGAGUCGGUGACCCUGGAGUGCCAGAUCAGCGGUCACCCCACACCUGUCAUCAUGUGGUUCAGAGAGGACUACAAAAUUGAGAGCUCCAUUGAUUUCCAGAUAAGCUACGUGAACGGAUUCGCCCAGCUGGUGAUCCGCGAGGCAUUUGCUGAAGACAGUGGACGCUUCACCUGCACCGCCACAAAUGAGGCUGGAACUGUCAGCACCUCCUGCUACCUGCUUGUCCAGGUGUCCGAGGACAUCGAGGGCAGAGAGGAGAUGACUAUUGUCACUGAACGUGUUGAAACUGCCGAGAAACUAGUAACCGAAGAAGCCAAAGAGGAGGUGGCUGAGUCAGAUGCUGCAGCCGCCGCUCCCUUCUUCAUCAAGACACCAACCAUCCAGAAGCUGGUGGAAGGAGGAAGUGUCGUGUUUGAAUGUCAGGUUGGAGGAAGCCCCAAACCUCACAUCAUCUGGAAAAAGAGUGGUGUACCACUCACCACUGGGUACAGAUACAAAGUUGCCUACAAGAAGGAGACUGGAGAAUGCAAGUUGGAGAUCUCCAUGACCUUCGCUGAUGACGCCGGAGAAUACUCUGUCUUUGCCAAGAACAAGCUGGGAGAGGUCUCAGCCUCCGCCAGUCUGCUGGAGGAAGAGGAAUAUGAAGCCUACAUGAAGAAACAAGAAGCAACAUUUAAGACUGAAGUGACAGCCGUGGUGCAGGAGCCCAAAGUGGGAGAUGUUCCCCCCGUUGUGGUUACGACCAUGGAGCAGAUGACCACCACCAUUAUAUCUGGACAGGAAUUCCAUCUCUCUGCCAUUGAGCUGAGGAUCAUCCAGGAGAUUGAAUUCCGCAUUAUGAAGAUUACCUACAAAGAGAUUGUGACAGAAGACGGAGAGUUGAUGGUGACCGCUGACCCCACUGAGGCCGUGCAGCCUGCCUUUGACACUCCCGUCAAAAACUACAGGAUCAUGGAGGGAAUGGGCGUCACUUUCCACUGCAAGAUGAGUGGAAUGCCGCUCCCCAAGAUUGCUUGGUUCAAAGAUGGCCAGCGUAUCAAGCCUGGCGACCGUUACCAGAUGGAAGUUCUUCAAGAUGGACGAGCCAGCCUUCGUCUGCCUGUGGUGCAACCAGAAGACGAGGGCGUCUACACCGCCUUCGCCACCAACAUGAAGGGAAAUACUGUCAGCUCUGGGAAGCUCUACGUAGAGCCAUCUGGAGCUGGAGCACCUCAGAGAUUCGCACCACAGCCAGCGAUGCAGAGGAUCAGGUCCACAUCUCCUCGUUCUCUGAGCCGCUCACCUGGACGUUCUCCCAGCCGUUCUCCCGGACGCUCACCAGCCCGCCGGCUUGACGAGACAGAUGAGGCUCAGCUAGAAAGACUCUACAAGCCUGUCUUUGUCAUGAAACCUGCCUCAUGUAAAUGCUCUGAGGGGCAAACCGCCAGAUUCGACCUGAAGGUUGUUGGCAGACCGAUGCCUGACACAUACUGGUUCCACAAUGGACAACAAGUGGUUAGUGACUACACCCACAAGAUAGUAGUUAAAGAGGAUGGUACCCAGUCCCUGAUUAUUGUCCCAGCCAUGCCACACGACUCUGGAGAGUGGACAGUCAUCGCUCAGAACAGAGCUGGACGUUCGUCUAUCUCCGUCACCCUCACUGUUGAUGCUAAAGAAACUUUGGUGCGCCCCCAGUUCAUUGAGAAGCUGAGGAAUAUCAGUGUAAAGCAGGGUACUCUGGUUGAGUUGGCUGUCAAAGCCAUUGGAAACCCCCUGCCUGAUAUUGUCUGGCUGAAAAACAGUGACAUUAUCACCCCACACAAACACCCAAACAUAAGGGUGGAAGGAACCAGAGGAGAGGCCAAAUUCCAGAUUCCCUCAGCAGCUGGCUCAGACAGCGCCUGGUAUACAGCUACAGCCAUUAACAAGGCCGGCAGAGACACCACUCGCUGCAGAGUCAACAUUGAGGUGGACUAUGUUGAACCUGAACCAGAGAGGAAGCUCAUUAUUCCCAAAGGAACCUACAAAGCCAAAGAGAUCACCCCUCCAGAGGUGGAGCCCCUUCAUCUGCGAUAUGGUCAAGAGCAGUGGGAGGAGGGUGACCUUUACGACAAAGAGAAGCAGCAGAAACCACAGUUCAAGAAGAAGCUGACCUCUGUCCGAAUGAAGCGCUUUGGUCCAGCUCAUUUUGAGUGUAGACUGACCCCUAUUGGUGACCCCAACAUGGUAGUGGAGUGGCUGCAUGAUGGCAAACCUCUGGAAGCUGCUAAUAGGUUGCGCAUGGUCAAUGAAUUUGGCUACUGCAGUCUUGACUAUGAAGUUGCUUACGCCAGAGACAGCGGUGUCAUCACCUGCAGAGCCACCAAUAAGUUUGGAGUCGACCAGACCUCGGCCACCCUUGUUGUCAAGGAUGAGAAAGGCCUUGUUGAGGAAAGCCAGCUUCCUGAAGGCAGGAAGGGAGUGCACAGAAUGGAUGAGAUCGAGCGCAUUGCUCAUGAGGGAGGACCUGCAGGAGUCACCACUGAUGAAGAAAUAGAGAAGACCAAACCUGAGAUUGUCCUUCUACCUGAACCAGCAAGCGUGCUGGAAGGCGACAUUGCACGAUUCCGCUGCAGAGUGACCGGCUAUCCAGCACCCAAGGUUAACUGGUACCUCAAUGGGCAACUCAUCCGCAAAAGCAAGAGAUACAGACUUCGUUAUGAUGGUAUUUACUAUCUGGAGAUCACUGAAAUCAAAUCCUAUGAUUCAGGAGAGGUCAAAGUGGUGGCUGACAACAUCCUGGGCUCAGCUGAGCACACCGUGAAACUGGAGAUUAAGCAGAAAGAGGACUUCAGAACUCAUCUGCGCCGAGCCCCAGAGGGUAAGGCAGCUGAGGCACCUGAACCUGGAAAAAUGCCCUUUGAGGUGGUGAAGGUUGAGAAGCCCACAGAGGACUCUCAGCUGAAAGAGGUAGUCAAGCUCAAGAAGGCCCAGAGAAUCGUCCGCGAGAAAGCAACGGAGGAGACAGAGGAGCUAAGGAGCAAGUUCAAGCGCAGGACAGAGGAAGGAUACUACGAGUCCAUCACUGCAGUGGAGCUCAAGUCACGUAAGAGGGACGACUCCUAUGAGGAUCUGCUGAAGAAAACAAAGGAGGAGCUGCUUCACCACGCCAAGGAGAAGGAGGAGGCUGAGAAGAAGAAGGAGGAAGAGCGCCGCAAAAUUACAGCUAAACCUUUACAACCAGAGCGGGUCAAGCUGUCCGCCAGCAUGGAAGCUCCAAAGAUCCUGGAGCGUAUUACCAGCCAGACAGUCGCACUGGGCGAAGAAGUCAAGUUCAGAGUCAGGGUCGUUGGUAGACCAGAUCCUGAGUGCCAGUGGUUCAAGAAUGGUGUUCAGCUAGAGAAGUCUGACCGUAUUUACUGGUACUGGCCUGAGGAUCACGUGUGUGAACUGGUGAUCAGAAAUGUCAGGGCCGAGGAUUCUGCCAGCAUCAUGGUCAAAGCUUUGAACACCGCUGGAGAAACUUCCAGCCACGCCUUCCUGCUGGUGCAAGCAAAGCAAGUCAUCACCUUCACACAGAAGCUGGAGGAUGUGAACGCCAAAGAGAAGGACACCAUGGCUACUUUUGAGUGUGAAACCAAUGAGCCUUUUGUCAAAGUCAAAUGGCUGAAGAAUAACAAGGAGAUCUUCUCUGGAGACAAAUACAGGAUGCACUCCGACAGAAAGGUCCACUUCCUGUCUGUGUUGGUGAUUGACAUGAGGGAUGAUGCAGAUUUCACCUGCAUGGUUGUAGAUGAGGACAUCAGUACAACUGCCAGGCUCAAUGUUGAAGGAGCCCCUCUGGAGAUCCUGAAGCAGCUGGAGAGCACUGAGGUUCCUGAGACAUACACUGGAGAGUUUGAGUGUCUCGUGACCCGUGAAGAUGCUGAGGGCAGCUGGUUCUUUGGAGAAAAGAUGCUCUCUCCCAGCAGUAAAUACAUCAUGUCCUCCCGCCGUGGAAGACACACCCUGUCCGUCAAAGAUGUCAAGAAGGAGGACCAGGGAAAAUAUACCUUCAAAGUGGGCGAGUUCAAGACAAGUGCUUCACUGAAGAUGAAAUUGCGUCCAGUGACCCUGGUGCAGCCUCUGACGGACCUGACCGUCUGCGAGGGCGACAUCGCUCAGCUGGAGGUCAAGUUCUCCCAGGAGAAUGUUGAAGGAACCUGGAUGAAGAACGGGGAGCCAGUCACCGCCUCCAACCGUGUGCACAUUGUUAUCGACAAACAGAUUCACAAACUUCUGAUUGAAGACACCACCAAGGACGACCUUGGAACCUACUCCUUUGUGGUUCCCGAUCAGGCAAUCACAACCUCUGCAAAGCUGGUCGUCCAGACAAUUGGCAUCUUGAUCCCUCUGAAGGACACUAGCGCCGUUGAGGGCACCAAGGCUGUUCUGGAGGCCAAGAUCUCCGCUCAGGAUAUCAGUUCAGUCAAAUGGUACCACGAUGACAAACUGCUGACACCCAGCGAACGAGUCCAGAUGGUGGCCAAGGGAGCCAAGCAGCGUCUGGUCUUCAACAGGACCUAUGCCUCUGAUGAGGGACACUACAAACUGGUUGUUGGCAGAGCCGACACCAGCUGCAGAUUUUCUGUCCAGACUGUCCAGAUUGUGAAACCGAUUAAGGACAAGCAGUGCUCUGAGUCUGAGAACGUCACAUUUGAUGUUGAGGUUUCUCACCCGGGCAUUGACGCCUUCUGGACCUUCAAGAGGCAGCCUAUCAAAGCAGGCCCCAAGUACAAGAUGGAGUCCAAGAACAAGCGCCACACCCUGACUGUCUUGAACUCAAUGAAGGAUGCGGAGGGCGAGUACAUGUUCGCGGCUGGUGAGAAGAUGUGCACUGCUUCACUCACCGUGAAAGGUGGUGCUAUCAAGAAGCCCCUGCAUGACUUGGUGGUGGCCGACUCUCAGACCGCCAUGCUGGAAUGUGAAGUAGCCAACCCGUCCGCUGAGGGCAGGUGGCUGAAAGACGGUAAUCCUGUUGACCUUAAUGAGAACACACUGAGCGAGGUGGACGGCGCCGUCAGACGCCUCGUUAUCCUCAUCACCAAAGCCACCGAUGUCGGAGAGUACACCUACCAGGUCGCCACCUCCAAGACCUCAGCCACCCUUAAAGUCGAGGCUGUGAAGAUCAAGAAGACCCUGAGGAACCUGACCGUGGUCCAGACUCAGGAAGCAGUUUUCAGCUUGGAGCUGACCCAUGAGGACGUGAAGGGAGCGCAGUGGAUCAAGAAUGGGGUUGAGAUCCAGCCCAGCAAUAAAUGCGAGAUCACUGUUGAAGGCACAGUCCACACCCUGAAGAUCAACAACUGCAACACACAGGACGAGUCUGUUUACUCUUUCAAACUGGGAAAACUGUCUGCAAACGCCAGACUGAACGUUGAAACCCUCAAGAUCCUGAAGAAGCCAAAGGAUGUGACGUCACUGUUGGGUGCAACUGCUGUAUUUGAGGUGGGCAUCUCCGAGGACAACAUCCCUGUUAAAUGGAUGUUCAACAACACAGAGCUGAGGCAGGACGAGAACUACAGGAUGCUCUCCGAGAAGAAGACCCACAAACUGAUGGUCCAGGACGUGGACAGCAGCAAAGAGGGAGAGUACACCGUUGUUGUGGGCCACCUGCAUUGCAGCGCUCACCUCUUCGUCGAGUCCCUGCGAGUCACCAAACCCCUGAAGAGCGUCCAGGUUGCAGAGACCCAGGUGGCCACGUUCGAGUGUGAAGUUUCUCACUUCAACGUGCCGUCCACCUGGCUGAAAGACGGCGUUGAGAUUGAGAUGAGCGAGAAGUUCAGGAUCGUGGUUCAGGGAAAACUGCACCAGCUGAAGAUCAUGAACACCAGCAGGGACGACUCGGCAGAGUACACCUUCAUCUGUGGGAACGACCGAGUCUCUGCAACACUCACCGUUAACCCCAUCCUCAUCACAACAAUGCUGCGGGACCUGAACGCUCAGGAGAAAGACACCGUCACGUUUGAAGUGAACAUCAAUUACGAGGGAAUCACAUACAAGUGGCUGAAGAACGGCGUGGAGAUCCGGUCCACAGACAGAUGCCAGGCUCGCUGCAAACAGCUGACUCACACUCUGAGCCUCAGGAACGUUCACUUUGGAGACAGCGCAGAGUACACCUUCAUGGCUGGCUCCGCAGUCACUACAGCUAAACUCUAUGUUGAGGCCCGUGUGGUUGAAUUCACCAAACACCUGAAGGACCUGAAGAUCACAGAGAAGAAGAGAGCAACUUUUGAAUGUGAAGUUUCUGAACCGAACAUCCAGGUGAUGUGGAUGAAGGAUGGUCAGGAGCUGGAGAUGUCCGACAGAUAUAAAAUGAGCUCGGAUAAAUUUGUGCACCGCCUGGUUCUGCCGUCAGUCCGCAUGUCUGACGCCGGAGAAUACACCGCCGUGGCCGGAUCGAGCAUGUCUAAGGGCACCCUGGCAGUUGAGGGACGGGACAUUAAAAUCUCAGAACCUGUUAGCAGGAACAUCACUGUUGUUGAGAAACAAAGAGCAACCUUCGAGUUUGAGGUGAAUGAGGAAGACGUGGAGGGUCACUGGCUGAGGAACGGGGUGGAGAUCCAGUUUUCUGUGGAGGAGAGGUUCAGCUCUGCCACUAUCAGGAAGCUGCACCGCCUUACCAUCUCUGAGACCUACAGGAGCGACGCCGGCGAGUACACCUUCAUGGCUGGCAGGAACAGGAGCACCAUGAACCUUCAUGUCAGACUGCCGGAGCCUCCUCAGAUCGUUCGCCAGAUGGAGCCCCAGACAGUGAUGUCAGGUAGAUCAGUUCGCUUCAACGUACAGGUGAGCGGCCUCCCUCAGCCUCAGGUGACCUGGUACAAAGACUCCCAGGCUCUGUCCACCAGCUACAAGUGCAAGUUCCUCCACGACGGAGAGGACCACGCACUGCUGCUACUCGAAGUCUUCCCCGAGGACGCUUCCGUCUACAGCUGCGAGGCUAAGAACGACUACGGAGAGGCGACAAGCUCCGCCUCUCUUAUUGUGGAAGUUCCUGAGGUGGUUGAAACCGUGACUCAGGUGUCUCCUCCAGUCCUCAUCACUCCCAUGCGGGACGUCCUGGUCAAAGAGGGACAACCUGCCCAGUUCCAGUGGACCGUUUCUGGGGAAGACCUGCAGAUUUCUUGGUUCUGUGGUGACAAAGAGAUCAGACAGACAGACAUCUUCAGGAUGUCUCAUUAUGGUGACACCUGCCAGUUGGACAUUUCCAGAGUUCUCCAUAACCACGAAGGAGAGUUCUCAUGUGUUGCCUCAAAUUCGGCAGGAAUGGUCACAUGUGCUGCGACUCUGAAUAUCGAUGUAACUGCCGAUGAGCAGGAACCUAUGGUUCGGGUCCAGGAGGAAACUAAAGCCUUUUCUAGCUCAACCGUCACAGUGGAAGAAGAAACCCAGGAGUCAUACUACACUGGCCUAAAGUUUCCAGAUAAAACCAGAACACUUGAACUCAAGCCAGAGUCCAAACGCUAUUCCAGCACUUUGGAGAAGAAAAAAGAAAAACCAGUUUUCCUCAGCAAACUUUCUCCAGCAGCUGUGACUACUGGAGAAACUGCUACGUUUACCGUCAAAGUGUCUGGUUUCCCAAAGCCCACGGUUCAGUGGUUCCACAGUGGGCAGCUUAUAACAAGUUCGUCAGUGUACACAUUUGUGCACCAGCAUGAUGAGUAUAGCUUGAUCAUUAACAAUGUGCGAAGAGAGUUUGAAGGACCAUACUCUUGUACUGUCAGCAAUAGAUUUGGCCAGUCGACUUGCACUUCUUAUUUACAUGUUCAAGUAAAGGAGCCAGAAAAGGAGGAAAAAAUUGAUAGAAAGUUUGUACCAACUGGUAAAGCCCCAGAAUUUACUAAAACAAUUGAGUCUGUUCAGCUGUCUGAGGGAGGUCAAGCUUUCUUCAGGUACAUUGUGACCGGAGAUCCUCUUCCUGAGGUUCAGUGGCUCAAAGGCAGCUUACAUGUUCAGCCUAGUGGGUUCUGUAUCAUUGUGAGCAACCCAGAUGGAUCCGGCUUCAUUAAUAUUAAGAGUGUCAAACAAGAGAACAGAGGUGUCUACACCUGUAAGGCCUCCAACCAACAUGGAGAAGCCUCUUGUACAGCUGAGCUGCUGGUUCUCACUGAAGUUCAGGAGGAGCAGACGAUAGUUAAGAAGACAAAAGAUUUGAAAAUAUCAAUGACCGAACAAACCACAGAGUCCAGAUUACAGCAGGAAAGAACUCUGUCUGAUCAGAUGAUUUAUACCAUUAGCACCGAAGACCGGCAGAUUUUUCCCAGUGAGGAGGUGGGAACCCUCAGAGAGCUCGAUAUCUCUGCUGCCACGCUUCAUCGAGAGCAGGUUACCCACCAGACUGCAGUACUGCAGUCUCAUGAAAUACAGGAGAGGGUGUCUGUGGCCCCCGCUCAUCCACCUCAGGCUUCAGCUGUUCCUAUGAAACAGCUUCACAUGGCAACUUUUUUAUCUUCAGUCCAGGAGAAACAAAAGAUCACUGAGCAGCACUCUGAAAGGAUUCUUAGCCCUGAGAUUGUGGAACUGGAGUUAGCCAAAGAGCAGCCAUCGAAGCUUAUGUCGGCCACAUCUGAAGAGGUCCUCCCACUCACCACAGUGAGAGCUGAGGCCUUGACAGACCGGGCUCCAGAGCAUGUGAAGACUUUGAAUGAACCCAGACAGCUUGUUAGCAGUCACCAAGUAGAUUCCACUCUUUUCAUUCUUGAUGAACCUUUAGGCUUUACCCACCGGCCAGAGGAAGAGAGGAGUUUCAGAGUCACAGAGGGGGUUAAGAUUUUAUACUCGGCUCAGUCUACAGGGCAACUGCCAAUCACAGAAAGACACUCUGAGCCUCUUCCGGCUUUAGAUGCAGCCACUAAACCGUUGAUUGAAAAAGAGCAAGCUAAGCCGGUGGUAGCACCACUUAAUGAAACUAGAGUUACUCUAUGCAAAGAGGAGGCUUUUGCAAUACACAGACCAGAGCAGCAGAGCAUCACACCACACAAAGACGUGGCCUGUAAGUCUGCGAUAAUGACUGAAGAGAAAUAUGAACUCCAGGGUGAACAGGCAGGACAGGUGCCAGGUAUAGCAUCAUCUGUGCGUCUGCAGCCUCAACAAGAGGGAGAAAGACUCUUGAAUCUGCAGGUUAUCAGUGAUCAGGAUGUUUUACAGUCUGAGGGACGGUUCAGCAGCGAAAAGCCCCCAGCAGAGCAGGCAGAAGCCAGGAAGAGUCCAACUUUGUUGCAUUCAGUGACUCAAGAAGACCAAAUAACUGCAGUUUGCGAGGCAACUUCAGAGUUCUCAACAAAAACUGAUACUAUUUCCAUCCAACCGAAGAAAGAGUUACCGCCAACAAAAUACCUCCAGUCAGUUCAUUCUUUAUCCGUUUUACCAAAGGAGGGAAUAUUUACCAUCACUAAACCUGACCAGCAGAUGGCAACACAGAAACAGGAAAAGGCUAGAAGGCAUGCAGCUACCUCAGAGGAGAGAAGGGAACUCACUGCUGAUUACCACCAGGAUCUCGAUGUGUCAGUGGCCGGGGUUCAGUCACAGCUUCGAACUGAGCCUAGGCCUUCCAGCAUCCUCACAGUCUCCUCCCAACCAAUGCAGCUGCCAAAGGAGAUGCCUUUCAGUACCGAAGUCAAGCAGCAGCGAGCCCUAGUCCAGAAAGAGGACUACUGGAAUAUCAUGCAUUCUCUGAAUGUCACAGACACCCAGAGUUUGGAGGAGGGCCACACCAGUAGCCUUACAACUGAUGAGAAAUUCAAACCAGAGAUGAAAAUUGAGCCUAAGAUACCCAAAAAACCUGUUUUUAUAGAGGAGAAGGCAGUCGCCACAGAAAGCUGUACAAUCUUAGAAGCUGCUGAGCAGGACUUUGCAGUCCAGAUCCAGGAGGGCCAGUCAGUCAGACAGUCUGUGUUGCUAGAAGAAAAACAGGUCAUAACAGGAGAGCAGUCAAGUGAGAUACAUAAAUCUGAGGGCUCAACUGUCAGCGUCAUGACGCAGCCUAAACAAGUUCUGUUUGUUCACGAGUCUCAGGACUCUCUGACUCUACCUAAAGAACUUAAUUUUGUCAUCCAGAUUCCCAAACAAUCAAGUUUAAAUAUACGACGUCAGCUCAGAGACUCUCUUCAGUCUGCUGUGGCCAGCGAGCAGCCAGUGUUACUGGCUGAUGUGGUAAAGGGUUUAGAAGCAGUGGAGGUACAGGAGGUGAAGGUUCAAAGAGAGCCCAAACGGCCCACAUCUACAUACCUGAUCACAACACCAAGUGCCCCCUUGGAAAUCACACUGUCUUUUGAAGGUAAAUACCCUCAGACAGCUGACCUCAGGUCUGAACUCCAGGUAGCUCUUCAUACUAUGGUAUUCCAGGAGCAGCAAAGUCUUACCUCAGAGCAGCCAGGCACCAUGCAUAUCGACAGGCCUCAGAAAGCACUGGUCAGAUCAGCGCCCUCCAAAGAGGUGUUGUCAUCUGUGGUGGACACUUUGAUGGUGGCAGAGAGUGCAGUUGGGUUUCCUCAUGCUGUGUCUCAGUCUGCUGCUAUUAAAACUGAAGCUAGUGCUUCCUUCCAAAGCGCGACAGUUCAGAGUCAGUCUGAGAUUCAUGAGGCUAGGCAGGUAAGCAAGAAGACGGUCAGGUCAGAGAGGGAUUCCACCACUGCUGAGGUGACCGCCACAGUGCCUGUGGGUCAGGUUCUGGUUGAACAACGUGAGCACAUUUUUGUACACAGAGAAACCAGAGAGGAAUAUCUUUCAGAGGCAAUCAUGAUCAGUGAGUCCUCUGACAGUCUGGUAGAUUACCCUGUCGUCAUCGAUUCUCUGGAAGACAUUUGCGUUGAGACAAAUGGCAAGGCCAUUUUCACCGCCACCAUAAAGUAUGUCACCAAAGUUAACUGGUUUUUCAACGGCCAAUUGGUGAAAUCUGGCAAAGAGUUCAAGUGUUCUAAAGACCACGACACAUACACACUCGUAAUCGACAAAGUUGACAAGGAGAAGCAUCAAGGAGAAUAUGUCUGUGAGGCUGAGAAUGAAGCCGGCAGGACUUCAACAUCUUCAAGACUCACUGUGGUCUCAAGAGUGAAACCUGUGUUCAGGCACAGAAUUGUCCCCAUGGAGAUCAACAUUGGCAGCCCUGCCAAGUUUGAAUGUGAAACUGAGGACGCUCAAAAUGUGAGCUUCAAGUGGUUCAAAGAUGGACACCCCAUCAAAGAGGGUGAUAAGUACAGGAUUAUCAGUCGCUUCUGCACUUCCUCUCUGGAGAUUCUGAGCCCACACAAGGAGGAUGGUGGUGAAUACACCUGCAAGGCGUCCAAUCGACAUGGCAGUGAUGAAUGCUCUGCCUCUCUCAGCGUGACAGAGAAAUCCCCCCCUGCCUUUAUAACUAAACCUGACCCUCAGACUGUGUUUGUUGGAAAGAGGGCAGUGAUACAGUGUGUAAUAUCAGGAUCUGCUCCACUGAAUGUUGUCUGGUUCAAAGACAACCAGGCCUUACCCCAUGUGCCGACACACUACCAAACGUCUUGUGACAGAAAUAAGCACACUCUUGAGAUAACCAAACUUGAGCCAGCUGACAGGGGGCAGUAUGUGUGCAAGGUGUCGAAUAAUGUUGGGAUGGCUGAGUGCAGCAUGGAGCUGCGUGUUAUUGAUAAGCCCACCUGUGUAAAGCCCCUGGGUCCACUUGCUGCUGUGCUUGGAGGUCCUCUGCACCUGGAGUGCCAGGUGGAUGAGGACACUGGAGUCACUGUCACCUGGACCAGAGAUGGUAGAAAAGUCCAUCAGUCUCCAGACUGUAAACUGUCUUUUGAGGAUAAGACAGUCACUCUUGAUAUCCUAAAGACCACAAUGAAAGAUUGUGGAAAUUAUGUGUGUACAGUGACAAAUGAAGCUGGGAGUGCAACUUGCUCCACCUCGGUGAAGGUACAAGAGCCACCAGUCUUUGUAAAGAGGCUGGAGGCCACCACAGUCUGGAAGCAAGGCAGCACCGCUCGGCUGCAGUGCACCGUCAAAGGAUCCCCUGAACUUCACACCACCUGGUUCUUUAACAACGAUGAGUUGUCCGCUGGAGGCAGAUAUGACAUCAGUAUGAAGGAUGGUGUCGCAACUCUUGAGAUAAGGGAUGUCAUGUUGAGUGACACUGGGAACUUCACCUGUGAGGUUCUCAAUGAGUCUGGCUGUGAAAGCUGCAGCACUAAAGUUACAGUAAAAGAACCUCCAUCUUUCAGAAAGGAGUUAGUGCCUUUAGAGGCUGUCAGAGGAUCUGUAGCUGUGUUGGAGUGUGAGAUUGCGGGCUCUGCACCGUUCGAGGUGGCCUGGAAAAAGAAUAAGAAACGUCUAUCAGCAGAUAAGAAGUACAGAAUAGUGUCACAGGGAGCCCUGGCCUCUCUGGAGAUCCACUCAUUUGAGAGUGCUGAUGCUGGUGAAUAUGAAUGUGUCGUAUCAAAUGAGGUCGGGUCAGUAACCUCAACAUCAAUGACUAAACAGAGAGAGCCACCUAUGUUCUCAAAGAGGAUCGAGAGUGCUACAGCAGUGUUGGGAAAUACAGUGAAGCUACAGGGAACCCUUAAAGGCUCAGCUCCCAUCACUGUUAAAUGGAUGAAAGAUUCUGAGCUACUGAGAGAUGAUGAUCCAAAUGUCAAAAUGACAUUUGAGAACAAUGUCACGAGCAUUUCCUUCUCCUCUGUUGAGAUAAAACACGGCGGCAAGUACACUUGCCUUGCCGAAAACGAGGCGGGACAGCAGAAAUGUGAAGCUGUCCUAACAAUUCAAGAACCUGCUAGGAUCAUAGACAAAGCAGCAUCCAUCAGUGUGACUGCAGGAGAGUCAGCCACGUUGGAAUGCACGAUUUCUGGAAGCCCAGAGCUCAAAGUGAAGUGGUUCAAAGACGGGAAGGAGAUGAUCAGUGGCCGUAAAUAUAAGAUGACUGUGAAGGAGACCACUGCCAUCUUAAAGAUCCUUUCAGCAGAUAAAGGAGACACCUCAGAGUACACAAUGGAGGUGUCCAAUAAAGUCGGAAAAGACCAGUGUACCUGCUCAGUCGCUGUGAUAGAUCGCGCAGUUCCACCAUCCUUUACCAGAUCUUUGAAGAAAGUGGACGGGAGUAUUGGUAGUGAUGUUACCUUGGAAUGCAGAGUUGCUGGAUCUCAGCCAAUGGUUAUUACUUGGUACAAAGACGAUAAAGAAAUCCACAGUGAUGACAAACAUAAAGUUGAAUUCAGUGAAUUUAAAGCCAUUGUGACCAUAACCAGCCUGGAACAAAGUGAUGGUGGAGUUUAUAAAUGCCGGGCCUCGAAUGAUGCUGGAGUAAAAGAAACCAGUGGUACUUUGUCCGUUAAAGAACCUCCAGUCUUCACGAUGAAACCUGCAUCCCAGGAUGCUGCACCCGGAUCAAAUGUUGUGAUAAAAGCAGUCUUUACAGGAUCAGCUCCUCUGAUUGUUAAAUGGUUCAGAGAGGAGAAAGAGAUUUUCACUGGGGGAAAGUGUUUCAUAAAGAAAGACUCCUCUUCAAGCUCUUUGGAGCUUCACUCAGUGAAACCCAGUGACUCUGCUAAAUACACAUGCCAAGUAUCCAAUGAUGCUGGGAAGGUGGACUGCACUGCAGCCCUCUUUGUGAAAGAGGCCCCAACAUUUACAAUGAAGCUUGAGCCCUUACAGCUGCUGAAAUCUGGACUACCUCUGAAGUUGUCCUGCAAAGUGCAGGGCACUCCUGUUAUUACCAUCAGAUGGUUUAAGAAUGGCUCAGAAAUCGUUCCAGACCACAGACACACAAUGUCCUUUGACAGCUCAAUAGCGACCCUGGAUGUAGAGAACUGCUCUGUAGAGGACAGUGGAGAUUAUGUCUGUAUGGCGUCCAGUGAAGCCGGCAAAGACCAGUGCAGCAGCACAGUAACAGUGAAAGAGCCUCCAGUGUUUGUGAGGCCUUUUGAAUCAGCUGAGCUUGUAAAGGGGGGCGACAUUUUCCUGGAAGGAACCAUUUCAGGUUCCCCUCCAUAUGAAAUAAGUUGCUUCAUCAAUGAAAAGCUGAUCAGAAAUGACAAAAGGCAUAAGAUCAGUGUUGAAAACGACAUCGUCACUCUUCAGAUCUCAAACUGUGAGCCUGGAGACGCUGGCACGUACCAGUGCACUGUUGCAAACGCUGUCGGGGAGACAUCUUGUUCUUGCCUGGUUUCAAUGAAAGAACCACCAUCAUUUAUUGAGAAACUAGAGGAUAUGUCCUGCACUGUGGGCUCUGAGAUCUCUAUGAAGUGUAUGUUGUCUGGAGCACUUCCCAUGACUCUCUCCUGGAUAAAGGAUGAUCAUGAGCUCACAGAAGACGAGCAUAUUAAGAUGUCCUUUGACACCAAAAGUGCCGAGUUGAAUUUGAGAAAUGCUCAGUUAUCCCAUGGCGGGAAAUAUAUCUGUAAGGCACAGAACAAAGCUGGGACUCAGAGAUGUGCCGCUGUACUCAUAGUAACAGAGCCAGCAAGUAUUUCAGAUCAUGCAAAGUCCAUCAGUGUAACGCAGGGUGACCCAGCCAGACUUGAAUGCAGAUUCUCAGGCACCAAACCGCUCAAGUCCAGAUGGAUGAAGGCAGGAAAGGAGCUGACCUCAGGCCGGAGAUACAAAAUAAAAAGCACAGACACCAGCUCUGUGCUCACGAUACUUAAAACAGAGCAAAGUGAUAGCGGUGAAUACACCUUUGAGGUUUCAAACAAAGCUGGGUGUGGUUCUUGUGAGGCAGCUGUUACUGUCUUAGAACCACCAUGCAUCCUUGAAAAGCCUGAAUCCAUGAAUGUUUUGCCCGGGUCAAAGGUUAAGUUUAAUGUUCGUGUCUCUGGCACGCCGCCACUGAUCACCAAAUGGUUUAAAAACAAGAAAGAGAUUUUAUCCAGUGCCGACUGUAAUGUGAUCAAAGACAACACCUCAAGCUCACUGGAGCUCUUCUUCGCCAAAACCUCAGAUUCUGGAGAAUAUGUCUGUGAAAUACAGAAUGAUGUUGGCUCCACGUCGUGCCAGAUGACACUCUUUGUCAAAGAACCCCCGUUUUUCAUUGAAACACCUGAAGGUGUAUCAUUAGUAAGAGUGGGAGAUAGUAAGGUGUUUGAGUGCACGGUUGCUGGUACUCCAGAGAUCUCUGUGCGUUGGUUCAGAGACGGAGCUGAGAUUCACCAAAGUUUCAAACACAAGAUGUUGUUUUUGAACUCUGUCGCCACCUUAGAGAUUUGUCAAGUUAGUGAAAAUGACAGGGGAAAAUACAUCUGCGAAGCCUGCAACGAAGCAGGCACAGAGAGUUGCACUGUUGAGAUCGAAGUGAAAGAGCCACCUUUGUUUGCUGAAGAGCUGAUGUCUGUUGAAGUUGUUAAAGGUUCCACUGCAGCAUUUGCUUGCAAAGUCGCAGGAACUGCCCCAUUUAAGGUCACAUGGUUCAAAGAUAACAAGCCAAUCAAAUCCAGCCAAAAAUACAUCAUUGAUAGCGAAAAUGUGAGUUUGAAGAUCCAGGACUGUAAAGUGGAAGAUGUUGGUAGUUAUCAGUGCGUCGUAGCCAAUGAGGUUGGAAGUUGUACUGGCUUUGCAGCUCUGUCGUUGAAAGUCCCUCCAACAUUUGUCAAGAAGAUAGAAAAUGUCUCCACUCUUUUGGGAGACGUUGCUGUCUUUCGCUGCACAGUGGAAGGGUCUCUACCUCUCUCUGUACAAUGGCAAAAAGACGAGAACUGGAUCCCAGAGGAUCCAAAGAUUGAGAAAACGUACAAGAACAAAGAGGCUACUCUCAGGAUUCCUGCCUGUGAAGCGACUCAUGGCGGGAAAUACACCUGCCAGGUCGUAAAUGAGGCUGGGCAGGACAAAUGCUUUGCCACCCUUGUAGUGCAAGAACCACCAACGAUCCAAGAGAAACCAGAAGUAGUCAAAGUGACUUGUGGAGAUCCAGUUAGUCUUGAGUGCAGGGUAGCUGGAACUCCUCAGAUCAGGGUAAAAUGGACUAAAGAUGGCAAAGAGCUCCAGUCGAGCAGAAAACAUCGUCUAUGCUACCAGAACAACGUCAGCACUCUUAACAUACAGUCCUCUCAGCUGGCGGACAGGGGAGAGUACCUGUUUGAAGCCACAAACUCUGUGGGGACUUGCAGCUGUAAAAUCACAUUGGUUAUUUUAGAGGAAGUAAUUCCUCCGACGUUCAUUAGGAAGUUAACAAACAUUCAAGCAAUCAUGGGUUCAGUGGUUACCAUGGAGUGCAAAGUGGCCGGUUCUCUUCCAGUAUCGGUUGAAUGGAGCAAAGGGAAAGAAAAGAUCACCAAGAGCUCCAAAUAUGAACCUCUGCAUGAUGAAAAUACUGUUUCACUGCAGUUAAAACUGAGUGAGAGUUAUGAUACAGGAGAAUAUUCCUGUAAAGUUACCAACACAGCAGGCAGCUGUAUGUGCAGUGGAGUUCUCACAGCUAAAGUGCCACCAAGAUUCGUAGCUGAACCUGAGUCUCAGGCUGUUAUUCCAAAGUCUACUGUACUCUUCAGAAGCGUCUUUGAAGGAACGUCUCCAUUUAUAGUGAAAUGGUUCAAGGAUGACAACGAACUCAUCACAGGACCAUCAUGUUCGAUUAGACUACAGGAAUAUUCUUCCUCUGUAGAGCUCUGCUCAGUCGGGACUUUGCAAAGUGGAAUUUAUUCUUGCCAAGUUAGCAACGAAGCAGGCACGGUGAAAAGUGCAGCAGAGUUGUUGGUGAAAGAGCCCCCUCAGUUUGUCCUGAAACUUCCUCCCACUACCUUUGUGAAGCAAUGUGAGGCACUCCGUCUUGAAUGCAAGGCCACCAGCUCACACUCCCUGACUAUGUGCUGGUACAAAAAUGACCAAAAGCUAACGGACGGAGACAACUAUAAGAUCAUGUUUGUUGACUCAACUGCGUACCUCCAGCUGCACACCACAAGGUUUGAGGAUAACGGAGUCUACACCUGUGAGGCUCAUAAUGAUGCUGGCAGUGUGAGCUGCAGCACCAUUCUCACAGUUCAAGAGGCCCCAUCCUUUAUUAAAACUCCAAGUCCGAUAGAGGGCAUAAAAGGAAAAGAUGCCAGUCUACACUGCGAGGUGUACGGCACUCCACCUUUCCAGGUGAACUGGUACAAGGACAAAAGGCCACUAAAGGAGAGCAGAAAGUGUAAGAUGGUCAGUGAGGGCAGCUCUGCCACACUUCACAUCAUGAAAAUGGACCAAGAAGAUGCUGGUCUUUAUGAGUGCAAAGUGUCUAACAAUGUAGGAACUGAAAGCUGCCGCACUACCAUUAGCCUAAAAGAACAACCAGCAUUUGUCAAGAAACUGGCGGACCAGUCAGUUACCGCCGGUCAGCAGCUAACACUGACAGCUACAGUAAGAGGCUCCGAGCCUUUGACUGUGUCCUGGGUUCAGGACAAAGAUCACAUUCUCAGAGAUGGUGACAACAGGAAGAUCACAUUUGAGAAUAAUGUGGUCACCCUUGUAGUGCCUAAAGCUGACUCAACUACAGCUGGUAAAUACACCUGCCAGCUGAGGAAUGACUCUGGAGUUGUGGAGUCUGUCUCCCAAGUGACCGUUCUAGAACCUGCUGCUGUUGUGGAUAGCCCCGAGUCCUUGAACGUCAAGUCAGGAGACAAUACAGCUAUUGAAGUCACAGUAUCUGGAACACCAGAUCUGAAAAUUAAGUGGUUCAAGGAUAACGAAGCAAUCUCUUCUGGUGCCAAGUAUCAGCUGUCCUUCACAAAGAAGGUUGCAACCCUGAAGAUUCGGUCUGCUGAUAAAGCAGACGCUGGAGAAUACAAACUACAGGUUACAAACCAUGUUGGUACAGCCUCUUGCAAAACUAAGCUCUCUGUCUCAGAUAAAUUGAUUCCACCGAGCUUCAUAAGGAAGCUGAGAGACACCCACCUUGUUGUGGGUAAACCUGGUGAGAUGGAGUGUAAGGUUGCUGGCUCUGCCCCUUUAACAACUUCCUGGUUCCACAACGGCCAGGAGAUCCAGAGUGGGCCAAACUAUGACAUCAGCUGCACUGAUAAUAGCUGCAGACUGAGAGUCCCAACAGUCAAGAUGUCUGAUUCUGGCAAAUACACAUGUAAAGCUGUAAACGCUGCAGGAGCCAGUGAGACGAGUGCUUCCAUGAAUGUGACAGAACCUCCAUCUUUUGUGGAAACACCUGAAGCGAAGGAAAUAGUGCCUGGCCAAAACGUGUCUUUCUCAGCUAAAGUGAAAGGCAGUGCCCCCCUGAAGGUCAAAUGGUUUAGGGGAGCAAAGGAGAUGCAGCAUGGAAGAGGCUGCGAGAUCACCCUGAAGAACGACGUCGCCACUUUGGUGCUUCACAGAGUGGACAGGUCCCACGCAGGAGAGUACACCUGCCAGAUCAUUAACGAUGCAGGGAAGGAAAGCUGCCCAGUUAACCUGUUUGUGAAAGAACCAGUCCACUUUGUGAAGAAGCUGAAGGACAUUUCCUCUGAAAAGGGCAAACCUUUGAGGCUUGAAGUCACAUUCGCUGGAACCCCCAGAAUAAAUGUGAUGUGGAAGAAGGAUGGUAAAUUCAUCUGGGCCUCAUAUCAGUACAAUGUGAUCACCACAGACAACUCCUGCAUCCUGGAGGUUCUUUACUCCGACAGUAUGGAGGCAGCCGGUAGAUACUCUUGCGAAGUAGACAAUGGAGUCGGAAGUGACAGAUGUGAAGCACAAGUGUCACUUCUAGAGCGACCAUACUUUGUUGAAAUGAUGGAGCCAGUGGAGGUAAUUCUGGGUGAUCCACUUACCCUGAAAUGCUGUAUUGGGGGAACUCCUGACAUCUCCGUAGCCUGGUUUAAAGGUGACGGAAAGCUGCGCAAGUCCAAUACUUGCUUGAUGGACUUCGUAAAGGGUGUUGCCACGUUGAAACUGACCAAAACAACCAAGUUCGAUCAGGGCGAAUAUAUCUGCAAGGCAGAGAACCGGAUUGGUUCAGCCUCUGCCAGCUGUAAUGUGGUGGUGAAAGAACCCGUGCGCUUUAUCCAGAAGCUGGAGGACACCACUUUCAUAGUAGGUCAGCCACUGAAACUCGUCUGCACGUACACCGGAACCCAGAGGGUCUACGUCACGUGGAAAAAGGAUGGCAAGCUGAUUUGGGCCUCUUAUCAGUACACUGUUAGAACAACUGACUCAACCUGCAUCCUGGACGUCCUCAACAGUGACAGGCCUGAGGCAGCUGGAACAUACACUUGCGAAAUUUCCAACGGAGCUGGAACCGACGUCUGCCAUGCUUGUGUCAGCCUAGAACCGGCCCGCUUUGUGAAAAAGCUGGAGGACACUUAUUUCAGACUCCGUGAACCUUUGAGCCUCACGUGUACGUACAGUGGAAGCCAGAGAAUCAACGUGACCUGGAAGAAGGACGGCAAAUUCAUCUGGGCAUCAUAUAAGUACAAUGUCAAGACCACCAAAGACACCUGCACCUUGGAAGUCCUCAACAGUGACAGAGAAGAGGCCGUUGGAAAAUACACAUGUGAAAUUUCAAAUGCUGAAGGAACCGAUAUCUGCCACGCUAAUGUCAAACUAGAACCGGUGAGCUUUGUGAGAAAACUGACAAACACCUACUACAAAAUUGGCCAUCCUUUGACAUUGGAGUGCACAUUCACUGGCAGCCAGAGGAUUUAUGUUAGCUGGAUGAAGGAUGGCAAACUAAUCUGGGCGUCGUACCAAUACAACGUUAAAACUACCAACUUCUCCAGCACCCUGGAAGUCCUCAACAGUGACCGCCGGGAAGCUGCCGGGAAAUACUCAUGCGAGAUUUCCAAUUCAGAGGGCACAGAUAUCUGCCAUGCUAUGGUUAAGAUAGAACCUGUGCGCUUCAUUUACGAGCUGAAAGACACCACUUUCAGACUCGGCCAGCCCCUGUCGCUGUACUGCGCAUACAGUGCCAGCCCCAGGGUCUAUGUGAGCUGGAGAAAGGACGGCAAACCAAUCUGGGCCUCCUACAAGUACAACGUCAAGACCACAGAUAACGCCUGUGUCUUGGAGGUCCUCAACAGUGACCGGCUAGAAGCAGCAGGGAGAUACUCCUGUGAAAUUUCUAACUCUGAGAACACCGCAAUCUGCUAUGCACAGGUCACACUAGAACCUGUGCGCUUUGUAAGAAAGCUGGAGGACAUGACCUUUAGGGUUGGCCAGCCUCUGAAGCUCCAGGUCACCUACACGGGCAGCCAGCUCAUAUACGUGAGCUGGACAAAAGAUGGCAAACCCAUCUGGGCUUCCUACAAGUACAACGUCAAGAAAACUGACAACUCCUGUGUCUUGGAGAUUCUCAACAGCGACAGAGAGGAGGCUGCUGGGAGAUAUUCCUGUGAAAUAUCCAAUGCCAGUAGCUCCGCUAUCUGCCACGCUCAUGUCACAUUAGAACCGGUGCGCUUUGUGAAAAAGCUCGAGGACACAUCAUACCGUCUGGACGAUCCACUGAGUCUGACAUGCACGUACACCGGCAGUCAGCAAGUGCACGUGACCUGGAAGAAGGACGGCAAGCUGAUCUCUGCUUCGAACAAAUACCACUUCAAAACCACCGAUUCCUUGUGUGCUCUGGAAGUCCUAAACAGACAAGAAGCAGCUGGGCUCUAUUGUUGUCAAGUUUCUAACGCAGGAGGUUCUGCCAUCUGUGAUGCCUAUGUCAUUAAUAAAACCACUAAGAAAGAGCCUGCUCGCUUCAUCAGGAAGCUGGAAAACAUGACGUUCAGGGUCGGCACACCGCUGACACUUAGAGUCGCGUUCACUGGAAGCCAAAGAAUGUAUGUGAGCUGGAAGAAAGAUGGGAGACCAAUCUGGGCCUCUUACAAGUACAAUGUCAAGACCACAGACUGCAGCUGCGUGCUGGACGUCCUCAACAGUGACCGUGAAGAAGCUCGGGGGAGAUACACUUGCGAAAUUUCCAACGCUGAAGGCUCUGAUAUCUGCCAUGCUCAUAUCAAGCUAGAACCUGUGCGAUUUGUCAAGAAACUGGAGGAUGUCUCCCAUGAGCUGGGUAAACCUCUGAGGCUGGAGUGCACUUACACCGGCAGCCAGAGGGUCUACGUCACGUGGAAGAAGGACGAUCAGCAGAUCUGGGCUUCUUACGAGUACAACGUCAAAACCACCAAUUCCUCCUGUGUCCUGGAGGUCCUCAACAGUGACAGAGCCACUGCGGCGGGAAAAUACACUUGCGAAAUUUCCAAUGCUGAAGGAACUGACGUCUGUCAUGCUCAUGUUAAACUAGAGCACAAAGUCCCUCCAACCUUCACCAAGAAGCCCUCUGAGUCCAUGAUGGACUCUGCGGGUAAGACGGUGAAGAUGGAAGCUCGGGUGUCUGGCUCUCAGCCACUGAGCGUCACCUGGUACAAGGGCAACAGUGAAAUCUACAGCUCUGGCAAAUAUGAUGUCAGCUUUAAGAACAACAUGGCCGUGCUGUCUGUCAGAGAUUGUACCAGCUCUGAUGGUGGUGAAUACACCUGCACAGCUUCCAAUGAAGCUGGCAAAGCUUCAUGUCAUGUUUCUCUCAACAUCUCAGGUAUGAGUGUGUCAGCUCCAAAGUUCGACGUCCCUCUGGAGCCAGUGACAGUGAGCGAGGGCGAGAAGCUGAGCCUCAAAUGCCAUGUCACUGGCCCUACUCCACUGACCAUUCAGUGGAUGAAGGACAGGAGGGAGCUGAAGUCCGGCGCAAACAUCAGAAUCACGUUUGUUGGUGGGACAGCCUCUCUGGAGGUCAGUGCGGCCUCAAAGAGCGAUGCAGGAGAUUACCUCUGCAAGGCCAGCAACCCUAACGGCAGUGACUUCUGCAAGUCCAAGGUCACUGUGAGAGAUAAAGGAGCUAAGCCUGCCCCUGCCGAGCCCGCCGCCCCAGCUGCAGCUGCUCCAGUCAAAAGGCUCGACAACCUGUUCUUUAUCGAGGAACCCAAAAACGUUUCUGUAACAGAGAAGGGCACUGCAACCUUCAUCGCCAAGAUUGGAGGCGACCCGAUCCCCAGCGUGAAGUGGAUGAAGGGAAAAUGGAGGCAGAUGACCCCUGGUGGUCGUAUCUCCAUCGAGCAUAAGGGUCAAGACGCCAAGAUGGAGAUCAGAGAGGUGACCAAGUCCGACUCCGGUGUCUACAGGUGCGUCGCCAGCAACAAACACGGAGAGAUAGAGUGCAGCGCUGAGAUCAAGGUCACCAAGAAGGAGGAAGUGGAAGGAUUCGGAGACAUGAGGACACGGCUGAAGAAGACUCCCUCCAAGCAGAAGAGUCCCAAGAGACCUGAAGACAUUGAUAUUGUGGAGCUGCUCAGAGGUCACGACCCCAAAGACUACGAAAGGAUCCUGCGGGAGCACAACAUCCAUGACUACCGCGCCAUCCUGCAGGCUGUCGAGUUCCUGAAGAAGGAGAAGGAGAUGGAGACUGGAAAAGUGGAGUUGGAGCGUGGCGGCCGGGUGGACGAGGAGGACAUGGCCCGACUCAUCCAGCAGCUGGAGGGACGCGUCGGCACAGAGCCCGUCUCUGUGAUGGAGGACAUCACCGACCAGACGACAAAUGAGAACCAGAACGUCACCUUUGAGUGCCAGAUCCGCAUCAACUACCCGGAGAUCACCGUCAACUGGUACAAAGGCACGCAGAAACUUGACAGCAGCGACAAGUACGAAAUCAGCAGCGUGGGCGACCACCAUUAUCUGAGAGUCAAGAACUGCCAGCUCAAAGAUCAGGGCAACUACCGCGUGGUGUGUGGUCCUCACAUCUCCAACGCCAAGCUCACCGUCACAGGCGCUGGUGUCAGUCCAGCUGAACAAAUUCAGUUCACUAAAUGCAUCAGAAGCAUCGAGGUCAAUGAACGCCACUGCGCCACCUUCGAGUGCGAGGUGUCCUUUGACAACGCCACCGUCACGUGGUACAAAGACUCGUGGGAGCUCAGAGAGAGCCCAAAAUAUAACUUCAGGAACGACGAUCGACGCCACUUUAUGACCAUCCGCAACGUUACGGCAGAGGACGAAGGCGUUUACUCUGUGAUCGCUCGUCUGGAGCCGAUGGGAGAAGCUCGAAGCACCGCUGAGCUUUACCUGUCGGGCAAAGAGAUUGGGUUAGGAAGGGUUCCUCAGGACGUCCCCGACUCAUCCGUUCAUGUCCCAGAAGCAGCUUCGAUGUUUGUCCAAGAUUCUUCUGAAUUUUAUCACUAUGAAGAACAAACAGAAGUGAAAGCUUUCAAAAGUGUCACCGUUGAAGAAGAGACGGUUUCUGUUCGGUACUCGUCCGUCACAGAAGAAAGAAAACCUAUUGGAGAAGUAAUUGAGAGGACUCAGGUGGAGAUGAGAGAAGAAGUCCCUGACGUUGCUGACAUGUACAGGAGAGCAGAGGAGAAACCCUGGGAGCAUGGGAUGCCGCCUACGGCUGCAGACAAAGACCUUGAAGGAAAGAAGCCGCACGCCGAGGUAGCCUUUGCCGUUCCGGGCGCUCAGCGAGAGGGAGCUCCAGGACAAGAAGUUUACAUCAAACCAGAACCUGUAGAAGAGAAAGUGACCGUUGCCAGAAAGGUCACUCCUGAACCUUAUCAGCCUUCACCUGAGCCAAAAAUGGUUCCUCCAGAGCCUAAAGUGGCACCUCAGAAACCGGCGGCACCUGAGCCCAAAGUGCCCAAAAUGAAGCCUGAACCUGAAGCGCCGAAAGUUGAACCUGCCAAGAAAGCACCAGAAGUUCCUAAGGCGAGAGUGUCUCCUCCAGAGGAGAGGAAACCAUCUGCACCAGCACCAAAGCCUUCACCUCCUGCUCCUCCUGCGCCUCCUGCUCCUGCAGCCAGAGUUGCUCCCCCUGAAGUAUCUCCCCCAGAGGAGAAGAAACCAUCUGCACCCGUACCAAAGCCUUCACCUCCCGCUCCUCCUGCUCCUGCAGAGAAAGUUGCUCCUCCUGCAGUUUCUCGACCAGAGGAAAAGAAACCAUCUGCACCAGCACCAGCACCAGCACCAACACCAGCACCAGCACCAACACCUUCAGUUCCUACUGCUGCUCCUGCUGCUCCCGUUGCUGCUCUUGCAGCUAAAGUUGCUCCUCCUGCAGUGUCUCCUCCAGAGGAAAGAAAACCAUCUCCACCCGCACCACAGCUUCCAGAAGAAAAAGUUACACUUCCUCCAGCUCCAGCAACAGCGGUGAAGACACCCUCUCCACCAUUUAUAGAGGCCAAACCCUCUCCUGUGUCAGAGGAAUCCUACCUCCCUGAAGACAAGGAACCCAUUUCAGCACCUGGACCGACGAAAGAUGGAAAACCGUCAGAAGAGGCACCAAAAGGCAGAGGCAGAGGAUUCGGGGCGAGACAGACCCCAUCUCCUGGUGAUGGUGGCAGGGGCCGCGGCCUGAGGCCCGGUGGAAAAGGUCCGUCACCCCCAGAGGAACCCUUCGGAGGGUUCAAGCUCAAAGCCGUCCCCCUGAAGUUCAUCAAGAAGAUUCAGGACAUUGUGUUGCAGGAGGCUGAGUCUAUUGGCUCCUCUGCUGUGUUUGAGUGUGAGGUCUCGCCUUCCACUGCCGUCACAUCGUGGAUGAAAGAUGGCAGCAACAUCCGCGAGGACCCGAAGCACAAAUUCAUAUCUGAUGGCAAAGAUCGCAAGAUGAACAUUAUUGAUGUCCAGCUGUCGGACACUGGUGAAUACACCUGUGUGGCCAGGAACGCUGGCAAGGAAAUCACAUGCACAGCCAAGCUCAUUGUUGAAGAGCUGCCUGUGAAAUGGGUGAAAGAACUGGAACCAGAGACGACAUGUAUAAAGACUCAGCCUAUGUAUCUGACCUGUGAGCUGAACAAAGAGAGAGAUGUGAUCUGGAAGCGUAAUGGCACUGUCCUGAAGAAUAAGGCUGGAAAAGUAGCCAUUAAUAUCAUUGGUUUGCAGCAUGCUGUGACCAUCCAGAACUCCACCGACGAAGAUGCCGGCACCUACACAUGUGAGGUGGAUGGAAAGGAGGACGUCAAGACACUGACCAACGUCAAAGUGAUUGAAAUCAUCAAAGACUGGCUGGUGAAGCCUCUGAGAGACCAGCACGUGAAACCGAAGGCUAAGGCCACAUUCAAGUGUGAGCUGUUCAAGGACACUCCCAACUGGAAGUGGUAUAAAGGAGACGACGAGAUCACUCCCUCUGAGAAGACAGAGAUCAUCAAAGAUGGACAGAACAUGACGCUCACCAUCAACAACUGCCAGCCCAACGACGUCUCAGAUUACACCAUCCAGGUGGAGGAUCGCAGAUACACGGCCAAACUCACCCUUGGAGAGCGCGAGGCUGAGAUCCUGAAGCCUCUCGCCAACGUGGAGGUGGUGGAGAAGGAGGAAGCCAGCUUUGACACUGAGAUAUCUGAGGAUGAUGUAGUCGGUGAAUGGAAGCUGAGGGGCCAGGUGCUGUUGAGGUCUCCGACGUGUGACAUCAGAGCUGAAGGCAAGAAGCGUUUCCUGACGCUGAAAAACGUCCAGCUGGAUCAGGCUGGUGAAGUGUCAUAUCAGGCACUUAAUGCCGUCACCAGCGCUGUGCUCACCGUCAAAGAGAUUGAAAUGGCUUUUGUCGACAAGCUGAAGGACGUUUCUGUGCCUGAAAAGAAACAGGCUAAGUUUGAAUGCACCGUCACCAAAGAGGUGUCAAAGGUCAUGUGGUUCAGGGGGGCGGAGAUCGUCACCCCGAGCCCUAAAUAUGAAAUACUCGAUGAUGGAAAGAAACACAUGCUGAUCAUAAACAGCUGUGAGUUUGAUGACGAGGCUCAGUACACCAUAGAAGUGUUGGGCCUUAAAUCGACCGCUCAGCUGUCAGUGGAAGGCAUGAGGCUCAAAUUUGUGAAGCAACUUGAGGACCAAACAGUGAAAGAAGGUAAAACAGCUCGAUUUGAAUUCGAGCUGACGCACGAAAACGUGCCAGUGGUUUGGUACCGAAAUGAAGUGAAAAUCCACGUGGGCCGAACAGUGGUUGUACAGGUGGAAGGAAAGAAACACUCUCUAGAAAUGAGCUCAUUGACUCUAGAUGAUACCUGCCAGAUAAAGGCAGAGGCCAAAGGAAUUUACUCCAUGGCAAAACUGAAUGUCAUAGAGGGUGACGCCAUCUUUGUGGUGAAGCUGCAGGACUACACGGCCACAGAGAAAGACGAGGUGACUCUGGACUGUGAGCUGAGCAAAGACGUACCUGUGGUUUGGUACCACAACGAGAAGGAGAUCGUCGCCUCCAAGAUGGUGGUCAUGAGGACAGAGGCCACUCACAGGUCUCUGAUCCUGAAGAAAGUGGAGCAGAGCGAUAAAGGCAAAUACGUAUGUGACUGUGGAACAGACAAGACUUCGGCCAACAUCAACAUUGAAGCUCGUGACAUCAAGGUUGUUCGGCCGAUUUAUGGCGUGGAGCUGUUUGAUGGAGAGACGGCUCGUUUCGAGGUGGAGAUCUCAGAGGACGAUGUGCACGGCCAGUGGAAACUGAACGGAGAAGUCCUUAGUCCUUCUAAAGAUGUUGACAUCAUCGAGGAGGGCGGCAAACACACGCUGAUCCUUUACAACUGUAAAGUGCCCAUGACUGGUGAGGUGGCGUACGCCGCUGCCAACGCCAAGUGUUCUGCCAACUUGAAGGUCAAAGAACUUCCUCUGAACUUCCUCACACCGCUGAGUGAUGUUAGUGUGUACGAGAAGGACGAGGCGAGGUUCGAGCUCGAGGUGUCGAGAAUUCCCAAGAGUUUCCGCUGGCUGAAAGGUUCUCAGGAGCUGCAGAGUGACGAAAAGUACAAGAUGAUCCAGGAAGGAAACAUGUUCGUUCUGCGUAUCCAAUCGGCUGCCUACGACGACGAGGCAAAGUACAUGUUUGAGGCCGAGGACAAGAGGACGACUGGCAAACUCGUUAUACAAGGUAUUCGCCUGGAGUUUGUCAAACCGAUUAAGGAUGUGACGGUUAAGGAACGUGAAACUGCAGAGUUCAGCGUCGAACUCUCCCACGACAAGAUCCCGGUGGUCUGGUACAAAAACGAUGUCCGCUUGCAUCCCAGCAAGGUGGUGCACAUGUCGGAUCACGAAAAGAUCCACACACUGGCCUUCAAGGAAGUCACAAUCGACGACACCUCCAUGAUCAAAGUGGAGGCCAUGGACAAGAGUAUGACCGCCAUGCUCACUGUCAUCGAGGGCGACUUGUAUUUCACCACCAAGCUGCAGAACUACACUGCUGUAGAGAAGGACGAAGUUAAGCUGGUCUGUGAACUGAGCAAAGCCGUCGCUGAUGUCAAAUGGUUCAAGGACGGGAAAGAGAUCACUCCCUCCAAGAACAUCGCCAUCAGCACUGACGGCAAGAAGCGCAUCCUGAUGGUCAGGAAGGCGGAGAAGGCCAACAUCGGAGAGUACACCUGCGACUGUGGCUCAGAUAAAACUACAGCCAAGCUCAAGAUUGAAGAGCGGGACAUCAAGGUGGUCCGUCCACUGUACAGUGUUGAGGUCACAGAGACAGAAACAGCCAAGUUCGAGACAGAGAUCUCAGAAGAGGACGUUCACGGAAACUGGAAACUGAAGGGAGAAGCUCUGCAUCAGUCUCCUGAUGUUGAGAUUAAGGAGGAAGGAACCAAACACGUGCUGAUCCUCUACAACGUCCGUAUGGACAUGGCUGGAGGCGUCGACUUCUCAGCAGCCAAUGCCAAAUCCAACGCUCAGCUCCGAGUCAAAGCUCGGUCCAUUGGGCUGAUGCGUCCUCUGAAGGACGUGACGGUGACGGCCGGAGAGACGGCGACCUUCGAGUGUGAGCUGUCAUACGAAGGCAUCGAAGUGGAGUGGUUCCUAGGAGGACAGAAGAUGGAGGCCAGUGAUCGGGUGAAGACUCGCGUGGCGGGACGAGUUCAUGCUCUGACCAUCAGAGACGUGAAGCUGUCGGAGGCCGGCGAAGUCAAACUGACCGCCAAAGACUUCCUGACUCAGGCUCAGCUCAUCGUCAGAGAGCCACCAGUGGAGUUCACGAAGCCUCUGGAGGACCAGACGGUGGAGGAGGAGGCGACCGCCACGCUCGAGUGUGAAGUUUCCAGAGAGAAUGCAGAGGUGACGUGGUUCAGGGAAGGGCAGGAACUCAGGAAGACCAAGAAGUACGACAUGAUAGUCGAUGGACGCAAGAGAGCGCUCGUCAUCCACGGCUGCGCUCCAGAAGACGCAAAGAUGUACACGUGUGAUGCCAAAGAGUUCAAGACUUCCUGUUUCCUGGAGGUCACACCUCCUCACGUGGAGUUCACAAAGCCUCUGCAGGAUGUCGAGGUAAAAGAGAAAGAAUCUGCCAGGUUUGAAUGUGAAGUGUCCCGCGAGUCGGCCAAGGUUCGUUGGUUCAAAGACGGCAGUGAGAUCAGGAAAGGAAAGAAGUACGAGAUCAUCGCUAAAGGCGUCCAGAGGAUCCUCAUCGUCCACAAGUCAGUGUUUGACGACGAGGCCGAGUACGAGUGUGACGCCAGAACCUCCAAGACAUCCGGCAUGCUCACAGUUAUCGAGGAGGCAGCCAGGUUCACCAAGAACCUGUCCAAUGUGGAGGGGACGGAGACGGAUAGUGUGAAGAUGAUUUGCGAGGUGUCGAAGGCCAACGCCGAGGUCACGUGGUACAAAGGAGACGAGGAACUGCCUGAGGGCGGACGCUACGAGCAGAUCAUGGACGGACGCAAGAGGAUCCUGAUCAUCCAGGACCUGAGGAUGGACGACGCCGGCGAGUACAACUGCAGGCUGAGUCCCACCGUCAGGACGUCCGCCAGGCUCAAACUCAACGAACUGGCGGCCGAGUUCAUCGCCCGUCCUCAAAACCAGGAGGUGGUGGAGGGUGAGAAGGCCGAGUUCGCCUGCUCCGUCUCCAAGGAAACCUACGAGGUGAAAUGGUUCAGAGGAGACAAGGAGGUAGAAUCAGGGGACAAGUAUACCAUUGUCAGCGAAGGAAAGAGAAGAGCUCUUAUUGUGAAAAACUGCGAGCUGAAGGAUGAAGGAGGCUACGUCGCCCACAUCGGCGCCGUCAGAGCCUCCGCUGAUCUGCUUGUGAUUGAGAAACUGAGGAUCAUCACGCCAAUUAAAGACACGGAGGUGAAGGAAGGAAGUGAGAUCAUGUUCAACUGUGAGACAAACACAGAGGGAGCGAAGGCCAAGUGGCUAAAGAACGAGGAGACGAUAUUUGAGAGCAGCAAGUACAUGAGAACCAGCCCUUCAUUUGUAACAGAGUAA